AUGGGCAACCAGUUUUCAACAGGUACUAAAAUCGGAUUCGGACCUCCUGCUGGGUCUUUCGUAGACAACGUAUACUUAAGUUUUGCCAAAACCACUGAACCCUCUUCCAACAUCUAUCUAUCUAUCUAUCUAUCUAUCUAUCUAUCUAUCUAUCUAUCUCAGCCUGUUCAUUAUCUAUCUAUCUAUCUAUCUGUUGUACCCCUAAACAGACCACAACCCUAUCUAUCUAUCUAUCUAUCUAUCUAUCUAUCUAUCUAUCUAUCUAUCUAUCUCAGCCUGUUCAUUAUCUAUCUAUCUAUCUAUCUAUCUCAAUCUUCCCAUAUCUAUCUAUCUAUCUAUUCAUCUAUCUAUCUAUCUAUCUAUCUAUCUAUCUAUCAUCUAUCUAUCUAUCUAUCUAUCUAUCUAUCUAUCUAUCUAUCUCAAUCUUCCCAUAUCUAUAUAUCUAUCUAUCUAUCUAUCAGUCUGGUUACUAUCUAUCUAUCUAUCUAUCUAUCUAUCUAUCUAUCUAUCUAUCUAUCUCUUCCCAUAUCUAUCUAUCUAUCUAUCUAUCUAUCUAUCUAUCUAUCUCAAUCUAUCCCAAUCUAUUCCCAUAUCUAUCUAUCUAUCUAUCUAUCUAUCUAUCUAUCUAUCAGCCUGGUUACUAUCUAUCUAUCUAUCUAUCUAUCUAUCUAUCUUCCCAUAUCUAUCUAUCUAUCUAUCUAUCUAUCUAUCUAUCUAUCUAUCAGCCUGGUUACUAUCUCAGAAAUUUUGCAUAUUACCUCUUUCUUUCUUUCCUUCUUUCUUUCUUUCUUUCUUUCUUUCUUUCUUUCUUUCUUUCUUUCUUUCCGAGCGAAUGAAUGGUGUUAUUGCGUUGACAUAUUCCAUCUAUCAAUCCACGUAAUGACCACAAAAACCGGCAUUCGUUUCUCGCGGCCCAUAAUCAAAAUUGAUUUUGUUGCAUCCUUCAAAAGCUUCCCUUCUCUUUACAGUUCGUCACACGAACACACGCCUUCGCCAAUUGGGCAUCGCUUCCUUUUCUCUUAUUUCGUUGCAUUUUCAUCUUUUCUUUCAUUUCUUUCUUUCUUUUAA